UCACACUCUCAAACCUCUCUCUAGUGACAACAACAAAACCAUACAAUCCCCAAAAAUGGCUCAGUACUGGUUAUCAUCCCUUGUCAUUGCACUGACAUUCACAAGCUUUUUCACUGGUCUCUCAGCUAGUCGCCAUCUUCUUCAAUCAACACCAGCGGCGCUUCCACCACCGGCUGCAACAACGUUCCCACCAUUUCCUCCUUCUACUUCUCUUCCUCAGCCCACGGCGUUUCCACCACUACAAGGCUCACAGAUACCUCCUUUGACUAAUCCAGCACAACCCAUUAAUAUCCCAAACUUCCCACAGAUCAAUAUCCCUAACUUCCCAGUUUCUAUCCCAAGCAACUUCCCAUUCAAUCUUCCCACCAGCAUACCAACCUUCCCAUUCUUCACUCCACCACCUUCCAAAUGAGAAGCUAAGCUCUCUUUAGCUAGCUAGCUACUGCCACACAACACAAUAUUACCAUCUUUUUUUUUUAUCUUACACACUUUGUUAGCAAGUGGUUGUCAUGUUUUCUUAUUAUAUUAGCUAUGAUGUUGUUUGAUGUUGUCCUUGUUUUUCUUGUUGUUUCUGUUUCUGCCAUGUUUUAGUUUCCUUUGUAAUAUUUACAGCUUAUUCAUAUUCUAAUCACUACUUGCUUUGAUUGA